AUGUUUGGCACCCAAAACAAGGCCGGCGGGCUCUUUGGCCAGCUGAGCCUGACGCCAGCUGCUAGCGGCACCUCCAAUGCCUCCACGGGGUUCUCGUUGGGCGGCAACACCCAGAAACCCGCCACGCUGGGGACGACGCUGUUGUUUGGAUCGCAGCCCUCAGCCACCAAUAACCAGGCCAACCAGGCGACCAACGUCACCAAUACCUUGGCCACGGCGUCCACGACGGCUCCGGCGCCGCUGGUGACGAAAUUGCUGGUGCUGAGCGCCGAAAAGGAGCCGCUGAGCAAGUUGCUCAAAGACUUGAUCCAGCAGGCUUCUAAUUUACCCAAGCCGCAAAAUGCCGAUUUGGGGCUGAUUAAUUUGACUCUCGGUGAAUUGCAAAAACAGCUGCAACCGCAAAAGACCCAUGACAACUUCACUAAGGCCCACUACUUGUUGGCGCGGCUGGGGAUCAACGCCGAGACUAUUGAGAACGAGUUAGCGGCGAUCGACGAAAUUCAAAAGCAAGGCCAUCAGCCUAAGUUUGGGACUCGCGCUGCUCCCGUUACUGGGGGUACGCUUCUGGGGCCGACGGCGUGGAAGAAGGAUGAGAACAUCCUCGCCACUAUCGAACAACUGUUGACGACAGCCCUGCGUGACUUUGACGCUUUCAUUAGUGCCAAUAUUCUGAUUGACUGGAAGACCCGUCGCAAGCAAUUGCGCCAGCUGAUUGGCCUUGAAGCGCCGUCAGCCACUGACUCUACCAAUACUAACGAGCCGGUAUUGCUGUGGAACCACCGCAUCCCUGGUAAUUACCCGAUGUUAGCCCCGCUCCACACUUCCGAGCUGCCGCUGCUUCAGGCGAUGCUGAGAGCGAAAUUCGAAAAGCACGCUGCCAUAGUCUACGAGCUUAACGAGGCCCGGUUACUGGACCGGGCGUACCCGUUCGCUGCGCGAUUGGGUAACCUCAAUAAAGUGGAAAACGACUUGAAGGCGAAGCAAAUGACCGACGCCUGGAACAUCCUCAGCUCAUUUGUCAACGAACACGACGCUAAGCGGUCUCAAGGGGGUGUAUUCUUUGACGGCUACCAGGGGCUGGCCACUCACGCCCCUCAACCGAAAUUCGUCAAUCAGGUGAUUGCCAACUCCAGCAAGUGUCUUGAGACUGAGUUCUGGCACUACGUUGAGGAAGUAUACGUUAAGGAGACUGAUAAGCCUAAGGAAUACAGCGGCGGCACCGAGCGCGAUAAAGUGCGCUACUUGAUCAACAAAGUGCUCCCCGUCACCGAGCCCGAUGCCCUUGACAAGACCCUUAUCGUCAACGGUGUCCCCGUGUGGGCCCUCAUCUUCUACAUGAUGCGUGCUGGUCUUUACCAGGAGACGUUGCAAUUAGUUACUGAGCACCAAGGCAAAUUCAAUAAGUUUGACAGAAACUUCCCCAUCUACUUCCGCAAGUUUGUCGAAAGCGAUACCCACUCGCUCCCCACUGAGAUCUACAAGAAAGUGCACCAAGAGUUCGCCCAGCAAUUCCAGUUUGUUCUCAACGACAUCGAGGCCGGCAACAACACCCCUGGCUUUGACCCGUUCAAGUACGCCGUAUACAAGAUCGUGGGUAAGUGUGACUUAGGUAACCGCGCUCUCCCCCACGCUCUCAAUUUGCUGAUUGAGGACUGGUUGUGGUUCCACCUCAACCUCGUCAACGAGGGCGCCCCCACCGACCUGGCCCUCGUGUUUGACAACUACACCUUGGCUAACUUGCAGCAGACGAUCGUCGGCUUUGGCCCCUCGAAAUUCCUCACCCUGCUGAACUACCCGUUAUACCUCAAAGCGCUUAUGCUCGCCGGUCUCUACGAGUUGGCAGUGCAAUACACUUACGAACACGUCAACGAGUGUGAUGCCGUGCACUUAGCCAUUGGUCUCAACUACUACGGGGUGUUGCGGGUCUCGGGUGUCACUGUGGGUGCCUCCGACCAGCUUGUUGGCCACCACGGCCACUACACCACCAUCAACUUCUCGAGACUUAUGGGAUCGUUUGUGCGUACGUUCAAAAUCAGCGACCCCAAGGUGGCGAGUCAGUACCUCAUCUUAGCGGCGAUGAGCUGCGGCGGCAACAACCGCGACGAAACCAGCAAGUGCCACGAAGCCCUUCGCGAGCUUAUUUUGGUACUGAGAGAGUUCGGCAUGCUUUUGGGUCAACUUAACGAGUCCACGGGAGCUAAGACCCCGGGGCUUUUGGAAAUCCAGAGAUCGCUCAUCAACCUUGACGACCUGAAGGAAUUCAACCACGUGAUCACCGGUGUCGCUGCCAACCAGUGUAUGGAACAAGGCCGCACUUUCGACGCCCUUUACUUGUACCAAUUGGCUGAAGAAUACGACACCGUGGUGGUGAUUGUCAACAAGCUUGUCGCCGAGAUCUUGGCGCUGACCGACUUGGACAAGCCCGUGGUGAAGUACGGCAACUACGCUCUGGGCCUGAACACGGAUAACGCCCACGACACCCCUAACAACAACAUCAUCCUCUUCGCUCAGCAGGCACGCACGGUGUACCGUGCCAACCCCCCGAUCUUGGCGAAGAUCACCCAGGAACACCGCAACACCAACGACACCCUUUCCGAGAUCAUCCACAUCCGCGACUUGUUUGUCGCCAAGGACUGGCGGGCGGUGUUGCACGAGAUCGAGCAGCUCCAGAUCAUCCCCAUUGGCCCCCGCGACGACUUGGCCAAGAUCAGACAGCAGCUGGCCCUCGUCCAAUCCGACGCCAUGGACGACCAGUUGAAGCGGGUGAUCCCGCUGUUGUUGGUGAUGACGAUGACGCUGAUUCUGCAGUUGAACUACAACGCGUUGACGAAGUGGAACCCCGACACCGACGUGACCGCCCGUUUGCGGGUGAUGGCGAAGAACUGUAUGAUCUACGCCGGGAUGGUCCAGUACCGCAUGCCAAGAGAAACCUACAGCCAGUUGGUCAACUUGGAGGCGCUGUUGUAG